GCCCGGUCCGCAGGUCGGCGCGUGCAGCCCCGCGCAGCCAUGCCGCAGCCCCGCGCCCCGCCGGUGCUCCGCGCCGCUCUGCUGCUCGGCCUCCUCCUCCUGCAAACCGCCGCCGCCGAGUCGGUAAGAGAAACCGAGACCAUGGAUGCCCGAUGGCUUGACUACCCUGCCUCUGGAGACUUGCCAGAUGAUGAAGACAUUGGUGAAUUCAGGCCUCAUGUAACUUCUGAUGGGUUAGAUAUAGAUGAGGCAUCUGGGUCUGGAGACUACUCAGACUCUGAAGAUGCCAUAUAUCUGACCACCAUGGAUACUCCUGUGAUAUCUGACAACUAUAUCCCUGGAGAUACUGAGAGAAAGAUAGAAGGUGAGAAGAAAAACACAGUGGUGGACAAUGAAAUCAUUCCAGACAAAGCUGUACCUGUUGAAGAGAACCUGUCCAACAAGAUCUCCAUGGCAAGCACAGCCAACAGCAGCAUCUUUGAAAGAACAGAGGUUCUUACAGCUCUCAUUGCAGGAGGGGCAGUGGGCCUCCUGUUUGCUGUCUUCCUGAUCCUCCUCUUAGUCUAUCGCAUGAAGAAAAAGGACGAAGGCAGUUACGAUCUUGGGAAGAAACCAAUCUACAAGAAAGCCCCUACAAAUGAGUUCUAUGCUUAAAGCUCAGCAGCACCUUGUGCCCAUCAAGGGACAAACAGACUGUAUGGAAACACUGUGCCCUCAGAUGAGAUGCGCUGAACAAAUGCUCUUUUUGGAUUGAAUUUCAAAACGACUUAGAAAAGAAAAAAAACUUCCUAUGUGACCCUUCCCAUCCUGCUCAGCUAACAAGGGCCCAAUGAAAUACAAAGAGUCUGAAAAAAAACCCCUCAGUGUAUUUUUUUCCAAAGCUAGUAUAAAAAGAAUAAAGAUGCCAAAUUAUCUGCUUGGUUUCAUAGAGGGUAUAUAAACACAAAACAGACUGUAUGGAAGCAAACACCAUGUGUUUGUAUCCAGUGUGCUGUGUUCAGAUUGGCUGCUUCUAUAGAAGAUGGCUUUUUUUAUAAACCUUGCUGAUAGAUGUCUUGCAGCAGGCUGUUGAUGUGAAGCAUUUUUGUAGAGAACUAUUUAUGAAUCUCUUACACUACAGAUAAUGUUGCCUUAUCAGGGAGUAAAAGGCCCAUAGAGGCUCAAAAUCCCUGAAUGCCAUAAAGGGCCUAUGGGAAUGUCUUCCCCAGGAGACUUCUGUCUGUUCCUGUUGCCCCAGGCAAGGGUCAUUAGUCCAUGAAAUCAGGACAGCCAGUUUUGUUUGGCUAUGAUGACACCCUUUCCUUGCCUUCGGUCUUCUACCUUUUUUUAAGGAUUGCUUGUUGGAAUUUUUUUAUAACAAAAUUUUAAAGAAAAUAGCUUAAUGUUUAUAUAAAGUUUGUAGAAAUUGUUUUGAAAUAAUAAAAAAAAAAUCUACUUUUUUAAUUUCCUCAGAUUUAUUUUUUCAAUCCCUUUGUGUUUCCUUUGGCCGGGCAUUUCUCUAGAGAUGUUUGUUUUAUAUGAUUCAUAUUCUGAACUGAAGCAGACUUAGCUACAGUGUGUUACAGGUUUCUUCUAGUUGUAUAGCAGCUACUGUAGAGGGUAAAGAUGUUUAUGAUUUUCCCAUAACUUUUUUAGGAUUUUUUUUUUAAUAGAAUUAUUUAUAGUUUCUGAAAUGGCUGCUCUCUUAUUUGGUAUCUUUUAUCCUUUUUAUGGUAAAACACUAAUAUAAUGAGUCUCUGUGAAAACUAUUUAAGCUUUAUUAUGUGAAUUUUAAUUAAAAAUUCCAGGCAAUAACUUCUAGGAUUAAUCUGUAUGCAAAAUUGGAUUCAUAAUAUGAUUGAAGUAGGUAAAAGAUGAGAGUAUUUCUAGCCUGUAAUAUAUUAUAAUAUAUUCUCUGUAAUAUAUUAUAAUCAGUCCUAUAGAGCUAUAUAUUAUAUAUUUUACUGAGAAAUAUACAGUUAAGGUGAGAGGGCUGGAGUUAAUUCUCCAGCAGCAUUACUGUGUGUGAGAGGCUUGGUGUCGUUGGCACGGCUGUUUGUCCAGGGCCGUGCCCGGAGCAGCAGCGGGCGUGGGCGAGGGCAGGCGGCUGGGAGCCGCCGUGGGCUCCGGCCGUGUCCCGGCGAUGCGCUGGGUUUGAGCCUCUGAGUUGGAGCAGAGAUCCCCGUCUGGGGCUGCUCUCCGAAGGGGGUGUUGGAAGCUCGCAGGAGGGAGGAAAUAACUUUUUGGUUUGGGGUCUGGCUGCGGCGCGGGGUCCGCUGCGGCGCUGUGCUGGGUGCCUCCCAGCUGGGAGCGCUGAGCUUUCAUAGAUGGCUAGCUCUGACCCUCCUGCGGUGGGUCUUUCUUAAUAUAUCGUGUACAUAGCUCCUACCUCUACUGAGACUUAGACCAAUUCCCCCAGGGCUCCUAGAGCGGAGGGUAAGGUGUGUGUCCGAUGCCUCUGUUUCACACAGUGUGGGUCCCCAGUCUGAGUAACUGGGUAGACUGCACAAAACCAGAUGGUUGUGAAGGCUGUUCAGAAAUCUCAUCGACUCCUGAAGCUUCCUUACAGAGGCUUUGUUGUAGGCUUGAGGCCAGAUUCAUAGAGGCGAUAGAACAAAGUUUGGCUUCGGCCAGUGGCAGCUGCUUCUCGGAGCUAGGGAGGCGAAGGGGGGGACGCAGGGCAGCCGUGUAUUGAGACAUCAGUGUGAGAGGAUUCUUCCCAAGGGUCCUCCUCCAGGUUGACUUGCUCAUUUUGUCCCAGUAUAAGUGUGUUUGAGGAAACUGCAGGCUCUAAACUGCACAGAGUUCACUGUAGAGUGGGAAAGAGAGGGAGGACUUCACUGCCUGCAGACAGCACUACCAGGAAGGCAGGAGCAGUGUCUGCUUCUUGCGAUAUUUAGAUUCUCUUGUGUAAUUGCUCUUGGGGAUUUUCCACUGUUACUGAUUUUUUUUUUUUUUUUUCCUCAAAUAAACUGGUACUUUCUAAAAUUGG